GGGGCAGCACAGCAAGUCUAAUGGGAGCUCACUGCGCAGAACUGCGCUCAGGGUCCUGCCGUCUGCUGCUUCCAGGCAUUUCACACAUCGGAGGAGCGGAGCUGCCCGUACUUCCUAUGCUCAUACAAUCCUCGCAGCUCAGCUCAUCUUCAGCAGCCUCUGUCGACAGACAGUAAUUCAUAACACCAUGGAGAGCAUACACGCUUUCCUUCUAACCGCUGCUCUUUGCAUUCUCUCUCAAGGCUGCGGCGGCUCCGAUGCCGAACACCGGCUGUACGCGGCCCUCUUCAAGAACUACAACCAGUUCGUCCGGCCCGUGAAGAACGUCUCGGACCCCGUCAUCAUCCAGUUCGAGGUGUCCAUGUCCCAGCUGGUGAAGGUGGACGAAGUCAACCAGAUAAUGGAAACCAACCUGUGGCUCAAGCACAUUUGGAAUGAUUACAAGCUCCGGUGGAAUCCAGCGGACUAUGGAGGUGCUGAAUUUAUCCGAGUACCAUCUGGCCAGAUCUGGAAGCCAGAUAUUGUUUUAUAUAACAAUGCAGUUGGGGAUUUCCAGGUCGAUGACAAGACAAAGGCCCUACUGAAAUACACAGGCGAUGUGACCUGGAUACCCCCAGCUAUAUUUAAAAGCUCAUGUAAAAUAGAUGUAACCUACUUCCCAUUUGACUAUCAAAACUGCACCAUGAAGUUUGGUUCCUGGUCUUACGAUAAAGCCAAGAUUGACUUGGUUUUAAUUGGCUCUACAAUGAACCUGAAAGAUUACUGGGAGAGUGGAGAAUGGGCUAUUAUUAAAGCUCCUGGUUAUAAACAUGACAUCAAAUACAACUGCUGUGAAGAGAUAUAUACAGACAUCACAUACUCUCUUUAUAUUAGGCGCUUACCUUUAUUUUACACUAUCAACAUGAUUAUUCCAUGUCUACUGAUUUCUUUUCUGACUGUAUUAGUUUUCUAUUUGCCUUCAGACUGUGGUGAGAAAGUGACACUCUGUAUAUCAGUCCUUCUAUCUUUAACAGUGUUUCUACUUGUUAUCACGGAGACUAUACCUUCUACGUCCCUGGUAAUUCCACUGAUUGGGGAAUACCUCCUUUUCACCAUGAUAUUUGUAACUCUGUCUAUUGUCAUUACGGUAUUUGUACUUAAUGUACACUACAGAACACCCAAGACACACACAAUGCCUGUGUGGGUGAGAACGAUCUUCUUGAACUUACUUCCCAGGAUCAUGUUUAUGACAAGGCCUGCCAGCGAUGAAGAGACUAAUCAUAAGUCAAAACCAUUUUACAUGUCUGAGUUUUCAAACUUAAACUGCUUCAACAGUUCUGAAACCAAAUGCUGCAAAGAUGGCUUUGUAUGUCAAGAUACAGCAUGCAGCUGUUGCCAGUAUCAGAGAAUGAAGUUCUCAGAUUUCAGUGGCAAUCUCACAAGAAGUUCAAGCUCUGAAUCCCUAGAUCCUCUGUUUUCAUUUUCAGUUCUGUCACCAGAAAUGAGAGAUGCUAUUGAAAGUGUUAAAUACAUUGCAGAAAAUAUGAAAAUGCAGAAUGAAGCAAAAGAGAUUCAGGAUGACUGGAAAUAUGUUGCCAUGGUAAUUGAUCGUAUUUUUCUAUGGGUUUUCAUCCUGGUAUGUAUUCUAGGAACAGCAGGAUUGUUUUUACAACCUUUGAUGGCUGGAGAUGAGAUGUAAAAAUUCAAAAUGUUAUAUUGUGAAGUCAAAUAAAACUUUUGCCAACCAAACUCUGCACUCCUACCCAAGCACCUGAUCUCUCUAUGUGUUUCAGUAGUAGUGUAAGGAUCUUUCAUGGCCUCAACUUUGCUUGACCAAGAAGGCUUUAUUAAAAAAUGUGAAAACAUGAAAAAAAUAUUUUGAAUUAUUAUGACCGCUAAUUCCAAAGUAAUAUGCACUAUGCUUGCCAGCUAUUUUUUAAAAUAAUUGGAAAAGAUGCAGAUCAUACAUUAAACUUGCCAUGGAUGUUUUAAAAAGCUAGUAAAGAAACUGAAAAUUGCAUGAAUAUUCUAAGAGUCAAGACAGGUAGAAUACUUUGGGCAACUUUGUCUGGUGUUAAGUACCUUUAAUUCCUGGCAGGAUCUUCUGGGAUAUUUAGUUUAUUCAUAUUUAGUUUAAGGAAUGCCCUCGUGAGGAUGAAAUGAUUUAGAAAGCAUACAUACCAAAUUGCUUGAAUGCAGAACAUUGCCACCUAGUGUAUAAACUGAUGCAAACUGUAGGAAGAAAGGACUAUGGGCACGUUUAUUACAGAAGAAAUAGGUGAGUAAUAGAUGAUGGUAAUUAAAGCAUUGUCAUGUAGUGUCUGUGUAUCCCCGUAUUGUCACUGCAUGAGAAGUCUGUCAAAGUUAUUUAAACCUAAUAAUGUUUAAAACUAUACAAGUUAAACACAGUAAGAUGCAGUCAUUGGGUAACGCAAAGUAUCAAAAUGUGGUAUGAUAUUUUGGACACAGAAACAUCCUGCACAGUGUUUUAUUAUAACAGAAGGCAUGUAGAUAUUAAAUAUUCCUGUAAAGUAUGUUAAAAUUGUCUCUUGGGUAUAUGACAUCUUUUUCUUUUUUCUUUUUUAAUUAAUAUCUGCAAAUCAUUUAAUAAUAAUAAUGAAUAAAACAUGCAACAAAAUACUGUAACGAGAAAAUGUUUUGUAAAGAUAUGAACCAUUCUCUCCAUACCAAACUGGAAACUUUUUAGAAAUGCAGUGGUAUCAAAUGAUGUAACUGUUACGAAAAUAAAGAGAAUGAAGCUGUUGAAAA